GAGCCUUGACUAGCCAAACAUGGACAACCCUUUUUCUCCACACAUGCACAUACAAACACUUAGCUAACCCCCCUUUCCCUCUCUCUUCUUCCCCAUCUGCAGCUCCCUUUGGAGAGUGUGCAUUAAUUUGCCGGAGUGCAGCAUCUUGCUGUGCAUACACAUGUACACUGCUAAGUGACUGAGGCUGCAGAGAAGAGGUGGGGGGAAGGGGAGGAAACAGGAAGGAGGUAGAAUAGGAGAAAAGGAAAUGGGGAGGGCAGAGGCAGCAGCCACGAGUGUGUGUGUGUGCCUGUGUAAAAGAGAGAGAGAGACGGUAAGAGAGAAAAUGGGAGGCAGCAUCACCCAGACUGGGAGGAGGGGAGGACAGACAGCGUGCUCGUCUCUCUAACAGACAGAGGUGGAAGGAAAGUGGGCAUGAGAGACAGGCGUGUGGGGAGAAGAGGAGCACAAUGAAGGAGUGCCAUUGUCCAUCCUGGCAGCACUGCCAUUUCACCAUCUGCUAAGAGAGAGAGAGAGAAGAGGAGGAGGAAGCCAAACGGAGAAAAGGAUAGAUGGAGAGGAGCUGCCGGCAGUGACAGAAUUAAUCGAGCGCAGGAGCGGAUCAGAGGAGAAGCACGUUUUUCAGGGAGUGGACGGACAGGGAGCCACAGAGAGGAAGCAGAGGACGAAUGACCGGACAGUCUGUGGCUGUUUAAACAUUAAUGCGCUUCUCAUAUGCAUAUGGAGCCAGCUUUAGUUCAAUCACCGUGGAUUAUCAACUGUAUGCUUUGUAAACCAAAAAGAGGAACAAUGCCAAUGUUUUCCCGUCACUGAAAGAACUCCUAGGGAAACUGAUUAGACUUUGUCAACAACAAUUUGAAUUAAGUUUGUCUUUUUUGUAAAUAUAGACUCUCUUUUUCAUCCGGUUUUCUAUUGUGAGCAUAGGCGAUCUCUGCAGGAUAUUAUACAAUCAUCUUUGUUAGUUCAGAAUAUUCAGGUUGUUUUUAUGCAACGUUUGUAAACAUCUGUGUUGUCAUUUAGAAUUAAAUAGUUAAAUGUAGUUGUUGCUGAAACUGUUAUCCAGAAAGUGGGGGGAAAUAGCAGACAGUUUGUGUCUUGCAGUCAGUGUGCAGCCAAUGUGGGAUGUCGGCAUUGAUUGGGUUUUAUGGCUGGCGCGACGCCGGUCAAACUUUGAUCAUUUCCUGAAACCUAUUGAUUUUACUAAGAGUGUGUAGUUUUUUCUUUUUGUUGGACGAAAAAAAAGCUUCUUUAUGUUUAAGCGAGCAGCUAAUAGCCGCCGUGUGAUUUGACGGUUUUCUCUUUGAAGAUUUUAGCUGACUUCUUAGUAUACGCGCUCCACGGGCAUCUUUUUUAAUGUCUGUUGCCAUAGCAACAGAUGGCAGCUGCAGACAGGGCAACAUGUAAAGUUCGUUUUCUUUAUUCUUUCGAAACUGGUGCUGUUCCUUUAUAGAUAAUUGCGUGUAUAUAUGCAGUAGCAAAAAAGCCGUACACCUUUGGUCCACAGUGUGCUGCAGUCUUGCAGUUUGUCUGUGUUCGCUAGUAGACAGUCUGUCUACGCGGAGCGCGACAGUCUCCAACAAUCAGGGUUGUUUCAGGUCACCUGACUUGCUCUCCCAUUCUGUGUGUUCAUCUUUUGAGAAUUAGUUGAAUCCCAUCUGUCCUGAUCUCACUUUUCCGUUGCGCUGAUGUGCCAUUAUCAGGAAUGCAUGUAUAUAUUAGAUUAUCGCACUGGUUUAAGCUGCUCAGACAUAUCAUUCUGAGCAGCUGCUUAACCUUGAGGACACUGAUCAGUCAUCAUUAGCUGUGCUGUGUACAGUACUGUCUGUGUAGGUAACUCAGGAUUUGUCCUCUGUAGGGUGAUCUACACUAGUCAUACCACCAGUGCACUAAAAUGCUGUGGACACACCUGGAUUGUCCUCUUCAGUGUUAGCCGGUCUGUUGCUUUUGGUUCGUUUACUUUUUUAAGUGCUAUUCCUGUGUGUGGACUGAUUUCUGGUUUUGUUUGGGCUCUUAAGUUAGUUGCUCAUGCUCUUUAACUGUCUAAACGCGGGGUGUCUUAUGUGACCUUUUCAGUCGUACUUCUUCACAGUUUUCUGGAGCUCAUCCCAGCCUGUCUGGCAGUUUUUGAGCAUGACUGGAUUCUCCAUGGUGCUUUCUGGCCAAGACCAGAUGGAUGACUAGCUAUAAUUGCUAGACAAGUCCCUCUGUGGUGCUAGACUGGUGUGGGCGACUGUUCCUUUGCCAUACAUCCAGCGCCUAAUACAAGCUGGCUUGCUUUACUUCAGACACAGUUUAAUGUCUGAAAUGUGUGGAAAAAUCUGUUUCUGCUUGGCAUCACUAAAACAUCGGUGCCAUAUUUACAAGCCUGCGUCAGUGGUAAAAGCCAGGUGUGUUUAAUCCUCUGCUCUUCUCGGAGCGAAUAAAGGUCAGCGGAUUGUAAAUAUGACUAGUGCCUCAACAGCACUGAGGCCAGCCAGCUUGCUGCAGGACUGACGGCGUAACCUUGCCUCCUGCCGAGGUCAAACUGCUGCAGACUGUUGUGUUUGAGGGAUUUUGAGUUGCGAGAGACUGUUAAUGGACUGUUGUUUGCCUUCUAGGUUGGACUAUGCAGAAUAUGAGGUGUGAUGUGCUGUAGUCUGUACUAGUGCUGAGCUUACCUGCUUUACGAGAAGCCCUGCAUAAGAUAAGAAACAGUUCCAGAAAAUAAAACCUGGCUUGUUGCCGUGUCAACGCUCUUCUCUCAGGUAACUGACUAUAAUCUGGGCUGAUUAUUUACAGCAGACAGUAAUAAAAUAACUGAGAGCAGUGCCUAGAGACAUCUGCAAAGCAACGGGUGCAGUUUUAAUUGAGCAUUUCCAUUUGAGCGAUUGAGUUCUCAUUCAGCUCUUAUGAACCUCCUGCACCAUUCAGGGAAACCUACUAGGUUGGGAGUUCAAACUGGACCAAUCAGGUCUCAUUACUAUCACGACAAGCCCACCGGUAGUCGUCAUCAGCCGAUGACCUACAUCCACAUCCUCCAGUGUUACAUCACCACAGUGCUACUGCAGUGUGUGUCACUGUACCAGACACAGACAACAUCUCAGACUCAACAUACCACAAUCUAAUGGUGCUCCAGGAAAAAAAAAAUCGUAACUGAGGUAGCCAGUUUUAGACAACACACUUGAACCGAGGCAGCCUCACUUGUUUUAGCCAUAUCAGGAACUUCAGUCAGGAACGCGCCCAACUCUGCAGGGCCAGUCUUAAGUACUAACUUUUUUUUCAUUGUUUUCUACUGGUGUCUAAAGGUUGACCAUGCCUAUCUUCUAGCCAUCCCUUUGAAGUGAGGUAGGUGGAAAGACAGGGCUCCCAUUAACAUAUUCGGCAGAGGGACUGUUAAACAGGACAGCCUGGAGAACGGGCGAGCUGACGAGGGAGGGGGAGAGGGGGAACGAGAAAUCAUCUGGAAGAGGAGAGAGGAAGUGGUGGCACGAGAGAGGGCGGAGGCUCUAGAGAGACAGAGAUUGGCGGAGUACAUUGUGUGGCGGAAGAGAGAGGACUUCCAGGGCAAGCGAGGCGACAGAGAAAAGGGGGAAAGGAGUGCAGGGAAAGGGAAGGAGGCUGUGCCAGAGGUGAUCUGGAAGAGGAGAGAAGAAGAAGACGAAGGAGACACAGGGAGGGAGCGAGCCAGGGCCAUUCAAAGAGGACAUGAAACAAUUUGGAGGAAGAGAGAACGAGAGUAGAAUCGGAACCUGAUUAGAGAUUUCAAAAUGUGAUGCACUUGAAAAGUCUUGGAGAAUCAGUGCUGCUACCAGGAGUUGGAGACUAGCCAUACAUCAGUAAGCCUCCUCUCUCAACCUUAGCAGCUCCGAGCUCUGCAGGUGCUCGCUGCACUAUCGACCAGUCGGACUUGUGCAUCGUGUGUGUUGCUGCCGUUGUAGUGUGCAAUCCCCUCGCUGGCUGCUAAUAGGGUUUUUAUAAGCUCGUGUCGAGCAGGAUAGAGCUGCCAAGGGGAGCUGCCUCACACAUGCCCACAUGUGCGCACAGCAACACACACAUUCACGCACAUUCACUGGAUGGAACUGUGGGCAGGGAAUGUCAAUACUGCCUGACACUUAAACACACCACACACAAAUACUCAGCCCCCCGGUGCUGAAACACAUGCGAGGGAUUGAGAGACAAUCACUUGUGUUGAUUCUCCAUGGUGCUGGCGACAGCUGGAUAACCGGACCUAACUGCGUCGUGCUCAACUUGGAAUCAGACGCUCACGGAUAUUGUUUCAACCUCACGACAAGGAUGCCAAGAUGAACACUGUUGGGAGACAAGGCCGCGUAGUCAUCAGUCCCUCAGAACACAACAAACCCUGAAGUGGAUUUAAAGUGAGCUAAUGGCAUCAUGGUCAACACUGGUGCACUAAAAACAGAUCUGUUGAAUCAGCGUCCUGCCAUUAACUGGGACACCUCGCGUCCUCUCUCCUUUCGUAGUGGAUAAAGCCAUUUUUCAGGGGGUUUGGUUUUGUGUGGAGGACAGACAACAGGACAGAUGGGUGCCACGCUCACGAUGAGCACGACAGGCAGAUGGCCGUGUGUCCUUUUAGGGAGACACUCUGAAUGCUAAGACAAAGACACUUUGAUUGAAUCACUGCAGCCUGUGAGGACUUGCACAGAUUUGCGGACUGAUAGUGCAGCUUCAUUAUGGAGCUCGUCCCAAAAACCAAGUACACCCACUUUCGGAGUGAAUCGCUGAGCUCGACUGAUGAAACAACCUCCAACCCGUCAUCGUUCCCUCCUUCGAGUCCUGCCACCCCUCUCACUCCCUCCCCUGGCUUGCCUUCCUCUCUCUCAUCCUCCUCUCUCACUCCCAUCUUGCCCCCCUCUUCUCCCCGCCCAGCGGAGAACAGCCCGACCACCCUCUGCUCCUUCUUCCCCAGAAUGGGAUCCCUUCGGUUGGGCGUCUCCGCCACUCUUCUCCCAGGACUCAAGGCCUCGAGCAGGCCGCAGCCGCCCCAUGCACCUGUUGAGUCCUCUGGGGACGACCGGAGCAGCUCCAGCUCCUCGCCCCCGCUCCAUCACCCACUUCCCGCACUAACCGCUCCUUCUCCCCCUCCCCGACCCCCUCUGCAGGACAUGAACCGGCUUGGUGGGGUGUCCAGAAGGGCACGGGUAGAGGGAGGGCAGCUGGGAGGAGACGAGUGGACUCGCCAUGGCUCCUUUGUCAACAAGCCCACCCGCGGCUGGCUACACCUCGACAAUGUGGUCAGCACUACAGGUGUUUCCUACACUGUACGGUACAUGGGGUGUGUGGAGGUGCUGCAGUCCAUGCGAGCCCUGGACUUCAACACCAGAACUCAGGUCACCAGGGAGGCCAUCUCUGUUGUGUGCGAGGCAGUACCCGGAGCCAAAGGAGCCCAACGCAGGAGAAAGCCUACCACUCGCUGUCUGACAUCCAUUCUGGGAAAGAGUAACCUGCAGUUUGCUGGUAUGACAAUCAGCCUCACCAUCUCAACCAGCAGCCUCAAUCUGCUGGCAUCCGACUGCAAGCAGAUAAUCGCCAAUCAUCACAUGCAGUCCAUCUCCUUUGCCUCUGGAGGAGACCCAGAUACAGCUGAGUAUGUAGCAUAUGUGGCCAAAGAUCCAGUCAACCAGAGAGCUUGUCAUAUCCUGGAGUGCUCAGAAGGUUUAGCCCAGGAGGUGAUCAGCACCAUCGGCCAGGCCUUUGAAUUGCGUUUUAAACAGUAUCUAAAGAACCCUCCCAAACUGGUCACACCUCACGACAGAAUGGCUCCUUUUGACGGCUCUGCAUGGGAGGAGGAAGAUGAUGAGGCUGCUCCGCCUCCUGACGUCCCUUACUAUAAUAAUUUCCCUGGUAAACAGCCUCCACCUGGUGGACUGAUUGACAUGAGGACCAGGCUAGGGGCCACUCUGCCGUAUGGACAGCAAGGUCAGAAUGACAUUCACAAGCAGCCGCCUCUGCCACCUCUACCAGUGGGUGCCAAAGAAGGGGGGCGGGAACUCUUUGAUGACCCUUCAUAUGUCAAUGUGGACAAACCCCGACCCCCAGUUGCAGCAAAUGGUAAUGCUCACAGAGACGCUUUUGACAUGAAGCCAUUUGAUGAUGCUCUGGGCGUCUCUGGGCAUGGUGGCCCCAGCUCAGUUACAGCGGUGCCUCCUCUGGUUCAGCAGCUGCAAUGUGAAGCUUGGUUCCACGGUAGCUUAAGUCGCAGGGAAGCAGAGAGGCUGCUGACCCGUGAUGGAGACUUCCUGGUGCGGGAGUCUGGCACCACACCGGGACAGUAUGUCCUCACGGGACAGCAGGGCGGUCAGGCCAAGCACCUGCUGCUAGUCGAUCCAGAAGGAGUGGUCCGUACAAAGGACCAUCGCUUUGAAAGUGUGAGCCACCUGAUCAGCUACCACAUGGACAACAGGCUCCCCAUCGUGUCAGCCGGCAGCGAAGUGUGUCUGCAACAGCCAGUAGAGCGUAGGGCCUGACGUUACACACACCAAUGAAAUAUUCCAAAUAUUCACACUCCUAUAGCAACGCAACAGGCGAACACAUCUCCGUGUGCUUAUGCAUCUUUCGCACGUCAACACUACAUUCACCCCAUACACAAAGACCAGACAAAAGAACUCUCCGGUUUCUCUGCAAAAUCACUUGCUGCUGCCGCCACAUGUUGCUGUCCUUUCUGAAAGCCUGCGUGUGGCCUGCAGUGCACCUCUCACCGCCCGCACCACCUCUUCCAACUAUCAGGCGCGUCCUCCACAAUGGAGAGGCACUGCUGCAAUUUCUCAACAGCCUACUGUGAACCAGGGAGGAGCCCUCUGUUUAUUCAGCACAGGGCAGAAAAUAAAUGCAAUUUUUUUAAAGAAAUAAAAAUCUAACAUGCGACCAUGACAUAAAAAAACUUUACUAACACAUGAAAUUGUGUAAAAUAAGCAGUGGAAUGAAGAAGUGAAGGAAGAAGCAUGAGUGGGACAUUGGAUGUGAUGUUCCUGUGUUCCUUGGUGUUGCUGGAGCACAUUAGGCCAAAACGAAUUGGAUGGCAAUCGUUUGUUGUAGAGGCUGAACCAGGCUCGUGUAUAAAGCCCUUCAUCAAGUGCUACUCGAGUACUUCAGCAGCAGACGUGACUUUGGGGAAAAAAAUCUGCCUGGUGAAUAUUCAUAAACAUGUGGGAUUGUAAUCGAAUCGACGGCGAACUUACCCACAGCGAUUGCCCUGUCAGAAGCUGGUGAACUUUGACUGCUGGCGUCAUAUCUGGUGAUAAGGAAAGCCUGUAUGCAAACCUGGGACUGCUAUGCCAAUGACCAUCAUGUUUUGUUGUUCAUGUUUUGUUGCGUGUGUUACCGACUGGCCCUUUUGACUUCAGGAGGAUCUAAGCUGUAUCGCCCUUAUCCCUCUGUAAACGUACAUGCACACACUCCUCUGCACCACACACACCGUCUGCACCACCAUGCCAAAGAAUAUGAACCUGGUCACUAGCAGAGGAAGCCAUGACAACUAGGAGCAGUCAUCUCUUUGUGCUCGCAGCACUGAGGAGUAAUGGAGACAAAAGGAAAUGCAGAUAACAAUGGGUUUGUUCAGAGGAAGGAAUAAUCUUGGUGAUUGUGCCAAAAUACAUAAUCAAAAUGAUUUGAUGUCAUCCACAAAGACAAUGACAGAAAGGACAUUUAGAGAAGCAUAGACCUUUAGUUUUUGCUAUUGCUUUUCUCUCAGAUCUUAGUAUGUGUUUGCUUUGACAAUCUAUGGGUUAUGGCUACAGUAAACCCCAUUUAAGUUGUAGCUAAUGUGAAAUGUGGGCGUGAUCUCUAAAGAAAUGAAUUUCCCUCUGGUGCUGCAAAGCAUGUGACAGCGACCGGUUUGGUGAGUUGUUGUUUAUGUGAUGUCACUUUACUUUUUCAAUCACUUGAGAAAUUCUUGUCCUUUUUUUUCAACAACCUUGUAAAAAUGUUUUUUCGGAGGAAUGGUUAAGCCAAAUGUUGCUUCUCAGCCUGCUGUUCCGAUGGCCAGGAAGGAGAAACUCUCACUAUAGCUUCUCUUUCCCUCCUCCUCUCCCCUCCUCAGUUCGUGACGUUGUUUUUAUAUCUUUUGACUUGUGCCUUGUUUAUUCAAUGCAGUCACUUCACUCCAAUGCAGUCACCUUAUGUACUUAAUUCAAAUGUAGGUAACUACAGGAGAAUCUAACACAAGCCUCUCAGUUAAACAAAGACUCUGCAAAAAUGACACUCCAAUAACUCACAGCAGAUCCAGUGAUGGCAAUCUUCUGAUGCACAUCCCUGCAUUCAGCAUAUAGUCACAGAUACUUGAUGUCACCAUAGGGUGGGAGAUUUCCUCAACAUCUGUAAAUACCAUCGCUUUCCAGCUGGUCGGCUUAGUGUCAAGCUAUUGUGUUCAUAGGUGUACUUUUAAGGAUUCGUCUGACACAGAGCCAGUCACCACAGCUCUGAGGUAGCUUUUAAGGCUAAUUGAUUCCAGUCUUCUGAAACGUGAGAAGGGAUCUCUUCAAGCUAAAUCUUAUUGUCAGCUCAUCUGUAAUCUAACAUGCACACACACACACACACACACACACACACACACACACCAGAGCCAUAACUGGGUCCGUCAGACACUCGCACUCUUGCCUGUGGUUAAGUUAAUAGGAAAUCCAGAGCUUUAAGUUCUGUGUUACUGUGUGCCUGCUGUGUGCGCUCAGCCCUCUGCAUCAUUAGUGACUUAGUCCUGUGUUUUUACGUGUCACCAGUGUCCAUCACAGAUGCCUUUUGUCGCAUGAAAAUUCUUUGAACAUUUUAGUUGUUGUUGGUGAUGGUGAUCGUGUUUAUGAUGCUGUUGUACUUUUACAUUUGUGUUUUUGAAACCCAAAGGCUACUUUUAGAUCCUGUUCACAGAUGUUGAUUUUUCCUUUUUUUACUUUAUAUGUUUCUGUAUUAAUACUUUUUUUUUUGUUUUUAGGGAAAAAACAUCUGUUUACACCUGUAUCUGGUAAAAAAUAUAUAUUGCAUAUAUAAAUACAUAAAUCAUUCAUCUCCCUUCGUGA